AUGGAUUCUUCUUCUGUUUCUGUUUCUGUUUCUGCUUCAGCUUCCUCAAACAACAUGGGUUCUUUUCCAAGUCCAGGAGCACCGUAUUACAGAGAAAGAACAAGAAGGUAUGAGAACAACAAGGGAUGGAGCUCAGAGAGAGUAUCAAAGCAAACAAACGACAAUAGCAGCAGCAGAAGACACACUAUGUCUGGUUUAACACCAUUCAGUGGUGGAAGAACAAUGCCAUCAAAAUGGGAUGAAGCUGAGAGAUGGAUUUGUAGUCCAGUUUCAGCAUCAUAUGCUGAUAGCAGAAGAAACUCACAUACACAACAACAACAAAGAAGACCCAAGUCAAUAAGUGGUCCAAUUGUUCCACCUCUUCCUCCUGGAGUGGCUUGUUACUCAAAUUAUUCACCGUCGGCUCAACAACUGAGACAAGGUUUUGUUGUGAGGAAUUUAAUGGUUAGUUCACCUUUUUCAACUGGAGUGUUGGCACCUGUUGCUGUUUCUGUUCGCCGUUAUGAGGAACAUGAUGGAAAUGAGGAAAGUGAGAGAUCUCUUGUUCCAAGAUACGAUAAAGGUACUCAAAUGAGCCCUACUGAAACUGAGAAUGAUGUAGAUUCAUCUCCAAGAUCUUCUGCAACUUCGGCUAUAGAUCAAGAAGAUUGCCUUUAUCCUAAACUAGAAGUCAGAGAUGUGGAGGUUGACAGUGAAGCUACUGUUAUGAGGGGAUCCAAGAGACAUGGAGCCAAAUUGAUCAAAAAUGACUCAAUGCAUAGAUCAGAAAUGAGAGAGAAUAGUGCUGAUGCACAAGUUUCGUGUUGGGACAUUGAAGAAUCAACCUUGGACACUUCCAAGUUACGGAGAGAGGAAGCCAAAGUCGCUGCUUGGGAGAAUUUGCAGAAAGCAAAAGCUGAAGCUGCAAUGCGGAAACUCGAGAUGAAAUUGGAGAAGAAGAGAUCUUCAACAAUGGAUAAGAUUCUUAAAAAACUGAGAAGGGCGCAGUUGAAAGCAGAAAGUAUGAGAAGUUUAGCACCUGUACAACAGGAAGAUCGCACUUCCAAGAUUUGCAAAGUACUUUCAUUCCCCAAAUAUGUCCAGAUAAGGUCUCUAAGCAGCUGCUUCAGCAGCCAUUCUCAGUGA